AUCCCUCUUGGUCUUUUACUGAGCCUAUUGAAUCCCGUUUACUAUAUAAAUAUAAACAGAAGUUAACUUAAUGUUUUUAUAGGUACGAUGACGGCGAAGUCACUAGAUAUGGCGCCGGUGAGUCGUAUCGGCCCUUCAACUCAAAUCGCUCUCCACGCCGAGCUAGAAGCCCUCCCCGUGGACGCAGUCCUCCGAUCCUAGAUAGCGACCGCUAUGUCCCUGGCCGAUCUCCUCGACGCCGUUCACGUAGUGCAGACCGUUACCGCCGAGAUCCUUCCCGAGACAGACGAGAUGUUAGAGACGUUAGAGAUGUUCGAGACGUUCGAGAUGCUAGAGACAUGGGAGGUGACAGCUGGAGACGACGCGAUAGAAGCCGUAGUCUUCGUAGAAGCCCUCCCCGACGUUCGUCCCCUCGACGCAGCCCCCCUCGACGUAGUAGUCCACGCAGAUUUUCACCGAGACGGGAUGACAGAGAUCGAAUGCGAUCUCCCCGAAGGGAUUAUGGCGCAAGGUUCACCCAACCAUUUCAGCUUGUCAACCCUAUUAACCCCUUCAACUUCAACUUCAUCGACUCCGCCAACCCCAUCAAUCCUAAUUAUAUUCCCCUAACCAAUUUUCCGUACAGACGCAGAACUAGAUCUCCAUAUGAGAGAGACCGCGGUCGAGACAGAUCCCCCCGACGAUCCCCUCCUCCCAUCCAACGAGCUAGCACGUACCGAGCUCGCUCUCGUAGCACCGACCGUCGAGACGAUCGUUUUGGUUCCUAUAGUAGACGUCCUUCGAUACCUCGCGAGUCAGCCAUUUCCUCGGCGAUUCCAUCUCGAGAUACAUCCCGCCGAUCAUCUCCUCACCCUCCCCCCCCUCGCCGCGACGAUCGCUCCCACCCAGAGUCUCCUCUGCCAUCCCGACCUUUGUCUCGAUCUUCUCAGGGAGGUCCAACCAGAGAUAGAAGCCCUCAGGGAACUCCGAAGGACCAACAAGCCCCCGCCCGAUCUCCGCCCCGUGGCCCCGCCGCGCUUCGAGCACCUCCGACAGGCCCAAGAGAUAAUCGUGCGUUCGGAAGCCAAUCUGGUGGGGUGAUAGGACCACCUCCCAGACCGUCUUCAAUCGUCCCCUCGGCAUCCGGCCGACCUGAUAUUAGUCCUGGUGCGCCACCCGCAGGUCCUCGAGGAUAUGUCCCAUCUCGCGGAGGAGGCUAUGGUCGUGGCGGUCGAGGAGGAUCUAGCUGGGGUAGCACGAUCCAGAGCCGUAAUUUGCCACCUGUUGCAGGUCCUUCCUCAGCAUCGGCAACAUCAAGCUCGAACACUAUUCCCACAGGCCCACGCGCGGGUUCAGUGUCGCAAUCUGUCCCUUCUACUCCAGUCAGCCAAUCGAAGCCUUUCAAUCCUCCUAAGGGUCCGGCUGCUGAGAACAACCGACCCAGUCUUGCACAGCAACUUCUAUCGACGGUCUCACCUGUCAUACCGGGCGGCAAGAUGGACACUCAGCACCUCGCAAUGAACCUAGGUGCACUUCCCGAGCUCGUGCCGCAUAUGCUAAGUCUCAAGGAGGAAGAGGAGAGACUUCGUGCAGAGAAGUACGUCAAAGAGGAAAAGCUUCGCAAGAGCUUGGCCCUUUGGGACAAGUAUGAGCGCGAGAGUAAGGUUCUCGAUCUCCGACUCGAGCUGAGCGAGAAUAUGGUGAAGAAGUUUGCGGGAGAGGGCACGGGUGGUGCCUUUUAAGGUACACGUUUACCUUACCCAUGACGUAAAGAGAGGGAGGUCUGGAGGAAAAAGCGGGAGUGCCCGCCUAUUACUAUAUCAAGG